AUCCGCUUUUGCUUUCGAGUUCUCGACACCGGCUGGCUGUGGCAGCACUAAUUUACUUUCCUUCAUUUCCAAUAACUCGUUCAGUGAGCUUGCUGGUUCAAGCCUCCUGGAGUCUAAUAGCUGCCCUGGUACAUUUGCGACUCGCGCCAUCUGUCCCUGGAGACUCCGCAUCGGUCUUUUACUGUUUCUAAUAUUUCUUGAGCCUCCUAAUAUAUUUUGCAAUGUCUUCAGCAACCAAGGCCACUCCCUCAAGUAAAAAAUUAUCGACAACCAUGUCUGGUCCAAGCACAUCGUCAGCAUCAAAACAAACACCGACAAAGAUGCACCGACGCUCACGCUCAGGCUGCUUCACAUGCAGACUGCGAAGAAAGAAGUGCGAUGAAGGCAAGCCGUGCUGCAAAGCUUGCAGACAUCUCGGACUGUCUUGCGAAUACAAGCGGCCCAUGUGGUGGAGCAACAACGAGCAACGGCGGCAGCAGAAAGAGAGAAUAAAGAACAUCAUCAAGCGCACGAAACUCAACGAGAAGGCUUCACACGUAGUGCCACUUUCGACAAACACCCCGCCCAGUCUGUGCCACUCGACACUGACUGCAGACACCUUCUCAGAUGGCUUCUCGAGAACUCGAGGUGGUUCAAUGGACUCGCAGUUUUCUGGUGAUUUCGACUUCAGCUCAUGUGCGCCUCAGGGCAUUUACAGCGCCGUGAGCAUGCCGCCUCUAGCAGCGCCGUUUCAUCCUUUUGGCUACCCACCAUACGAGGUCGACAUCAAGACAGAGACCCAGGUGUUUGUCAAUGACGUGCCAACCCGAAGAGAUUCGACAAUUUCGACUUUCAGCGCAUUUCAGUCGCCGCCAACGGUUGGUCCCUUCUCCAGCGACGGCUGGCUGCAACAGGAGUCGUAUUUCGAGCAGCGACAUGAGUCCUUCACCGAAGAGCCUGUCGAUUUCAACUUCUUCGACUUUGCUCACGGCCCCAUCUCACCUGCGCACAAGUCAAUGAUUCAAGUGGAGGAAUGCGACCAGCACCUUCUAAACCAUUUUAUCGACAACGUUGUUCGUCUCAUAUUCCCAGUUCUGGAGGUCAACCAGCACGGUUCCGCACGCUCGGAUGUCAUCCUGCCUGCGCUAGAAUCGAACAAGAUGUAUCUCUCCUGCUGUCUUAGCAUUGCGGCGCUGCACCUGAAGUCGACUCAAGGGAUCCAGAGCGAGCAGCUUGACAACGACAUCAUGCGCCACAAGUUCGCUACAAUCAACCAACUCUGCGAAGCCUUGCAGCUUGACACCGAACACGCCAAGAUUCUUGAAGCAACGCUGGGAAUGAUCUUUUUCCAAUGUUCCGUUGGUCGCCCAGAGGAUUCGCACCCGGAUAUCCCGUGGCACUCGCACUUUCAAGCUGCAACUCAGCUCAUUGGCAAGUUGAACCUUCCUUUGCAGCUUGUCAGUGACAACCAAUCGCGACCACCAUUCAACAUGACCGUCGCCGCUUGGAUUGAUAUUCUUGGGUCGACAAUGCUUGGACGCGCCCCCGUUUACGCCGACACCUACCGGGAGAAGAACAUUGCCAAUUCGGUUGCUGGUCUUGGAGAAUUGAUGGGCUGUGAAGACCGCAUAAUGUUCCUCAUCUCCGAGAUUGCCUGCUUGGAAGCCUUGAAGAUGGAUGGAAUGGACCAAGUCCAACUUUGCUCCCACAUUAAGCUCCUUGGUGAUCACAUCACCAUGGCCGAGAGCUCGGUCCUUCCGCUGGACAACGCAUAUUCAGCGACUGGUGCCAUUCGGCCCAAGCAGCUUCGCGCAAACAUGACCACCGUCUUCCGUCUGGCGGCUCGCAUAUAUCUAUGCUCCUUGGUCCCAGGUUUCGAUCGCCAACAGCAGAACAUUACAAACCUCGUCGAUUCAUUGGCUGAUGCGAUGAACUACAUUCCUGCCGGUCCCGAAGGCUUCGAUCGUUCCUUGGUUUGGCCCUUACUCAUUGCUGGCGCCGUUUCCCUCCCCAACUCCAUUUUCCGAAGCACAUUCUACGAGCGCAUGGCUCAGAUGGGCGAUGCCGCUAGCUUUGGCUCCAUAGGAAGAGCAAGAGAGCUUCUCAAGGAGGUGUGGCUAGUCAACGAUGAGGCGUUGGCACGAGGCGAGAGGCAGAGCGUCCACUGGCGGGACGUGAUGCGACAGCGGGGCUGGGACUUCCUUCUCAUCUAGAGGGUUGUCUCCGCCUUGAUCCUCCUGGCGAGGAAGCUGCGCGUCCUGGCUGUCUCGAUCUUCUGCAGCGCGCAACAGUUCUUCAACAUUGCAUCCCACUCAAGAGAAAUACCGACAUACCAUCUCCAGAGGGGCAAGCUACUUCACUUCUGACCCUACGCUCUUUAAUCACUUUUUACCAUCUUGCAACGCAUUAUACCCCUUAUUGUAAUCACUACCAACAUUGGUGCGCACGUACGAUAUAGCCACAGCAUAGAGCAUUGCGGGUCCUGUGAGCUUUGGCCCAGGACGAUUUGUUUGGCGUUCGAGAGCAACAGCGGAUUUUCUCACUGCCCUCCAGAUGGAGAACGACGUUACGACAUCUCUUUGUGUCAAUUGGUCAACGUUGUAAUAGUUUGCGAUUUUUUUUUUAGACUUGUCGCUGUUGGCUUUCGCCCACAGCUUCGGUCGCUUUAGCAGCGGAUGAAAAAGAGUCGGUUUCGGCUCAAGUGAUUGUACUUCAACUUAAAAACACACGCUCACUUUUACGAGCUACAAGAAUGACAGACCAAUAUCAAAAAAAAACCUCCAAAAGCCA